CGACAACCUCAUGACUCAGAUAUACUCAUCGACUUCCAUCCACAUCAUUGCCAUGACAUCGCCUGGUCCGCUGUCAUGAGAGGUCUUACCAUCGUGCCGCCCUCGCUACAAUAAAAGGACUGACCUGUCAAGUUGCCACAACUUCUAGCAUCGCCUCCACAACCCAUCUUGUUCACAACCAUGUCCACUUCUCAGCUCCUUUACUACUCUCAUCCAACACUACUGUCUUUAUCAUAUUUUGACUCCAAUUCUUCGUUACAUCGGCACAAUACACCGUGGGCGGUAUUCGGGUAGGGCGAUAGAUCGAGGUCUCCCCGGCAAGCCCUAACAUGGCUUCUAUCUUCACUUACCAGGAAGAACCACCUCGAAUACAUUCCCCAUGGUCAACCCCUGGAACCUCAACUCCACAGACGAUAUCCAACCGGAAAGUUGCUCUCGACGGCGGAGAUGUGAGAUCCAUGCCCACCAUAUCAAAACUUGAGCCAGAACGUCAUGAUGGUCCAACAGAAUACAAGCUUCACUUGCUUCUACGCCCGAGACGGAAAUUUCUGUCUCUAUCGACGACCUCAUUACACCCUGGUCAGCACCAGAGCCUGUCACUUCAAUCCUCGUUCGGAACCUUUUCCACCUCAGAGCCACUUUCUGAUCGUCUCCUUUCAUUGCCAGUCAACCAAGCUCGUCAGCAUAGACUCCAUCAACUCACCACCCAGCUAUUAUGGCGCCUCCAACAGUCAUCCCCUUUCCAUUCCUCAUCAACGGCUGACCUUGUUUUGCCAUUACUACCGGAGGCAACUCCUAAGCUCGGCAUCCCUGAGCGUCCUGCCAAACUUCUACCCGGCUUAGAAGAAAGCCAAGGUGCACUGUAUGAAAUUGGGGUGGCAGACGAUGGCAUGUUGGUGGGCUUGGCCGAAGACGAACUUCAAGAAAGCUUGGGUAAUCUCCGUGCAAUGGCAUCUAGCCUUGGUUGCGUCACCAAGAUUUUGAGAAGGGUUGUCGUAGGAACAUGUGAAUGGCUGGCCUCGGCAGAGGAUUUUCAGCAAGAGAAGCCUCUGCAAGACAAUCUUUGGGUGGCAGAAGUACUCGUGUAUCCAGACUCGCGAGAUUAUGCGGAUCCCGUGGGAACAGCCAACUUCGUCGAUCAUGGCAACGCUCAAAGCGCUCUCCAAGAGACAGCAUCGAAUCGAAAGAACGAAUCUAUACACCAGAUCCGUGUCACAUUGGUUGGUUCUCCCAACUCAGGCAAGUCAUCAUUGUUGGGCGCGCUGUCGACUUCUGUACUCGACAAUGGUCGCGGCAAAAGUAGACUCUCUCUCCUCAAGCACAGACAUGAAAUCGCGUCCGGUAUCACCAGUUCAGUUGCUCAAGAGCUCAUCGGAUAUUCUUCCAAAGAACGUUCCGACCCGGACCAUGUGAUCAACUACGCCACCGGAAACGUAUCAUCUUGGCUCGAUAUUCAUGCCUUGUCUGAACGGCUAGUCUUCUUCUCAGAUUCUCCUGGAUCUCCACGGUUUGCCAAAUCCACCUUCCGCGCCUUGAUUUCAUGGCGACCAUCCUGGACAGUGCUGUGCAUCGCCGCAGAUGCAGACGAGCAGCGUAGGGGGAGCCUGAGCCGAGCGACCAAUACGAAAGAUGAUGCCGAACAUGGCCCACCCAUUGAUAACAUGGACAUUAUGUUGGCGCAUCUCGACGUCUGCCUGAGGCUACAACUGCCCCUUGUCAUUGCAUUCACCAAAAUGGACCUAGCCAGUAAAAUUGGUCUCAGAUCUCUACUGACGAAAGCUCUUUCUACUCUCAAAGCAGCUGGCAGAAGGCCAUUGAUGCUAGGCGACACAGUAAAGCCAGCUCUAAAUGUCGAUACCGACAAACCUCUCCGUUUACUCAAUCAAAUCUCCAAAACUGACCAGAACGAUAUUGAUUCUCUAAUGGGAUCCAAACCCGAUUUCGAUGCGAAAGCUGUACCAAUUAUCUUCACCAGUGCAGUUUCAGCCUCUGGGAUUGGAAAACUCCAUGCCCUGCUACGAUCUCUCCGACCCGUCCAUGUUGCAACAGAGAUAAUACCAAGAUCUCUAUCUCUGGACCCACCACCAAACCUAUCAACUCUCUUCCAUAUCGACGAAGUUUUCAGCAUCCCUCCAUCCCGAGUCUACUCAGCCGAACCAACCGAUCAAUCCAAGAACCAUGGCGUCGUGCUAUGUGGUCAUGUGGCCAAAGGCACCAUUCGCGUCGGAAGUAUCAUGAGCUUAGGACCUUUCCCACCAUCACCACCAUCAUCAUACCCCGAACUAUCUGCCUUCCAAUCCGACGACGCAAUGAAAAGAUCACACUCGUAUUCUACCGGCCAUACCCCCACAGACCGACUCCCCGAUCUCCUGGCCGCAUCGUUUUCACGAAUGCACAUGUCGAAAAAAUCACCAGAUUCGGAGCCGGAAGGCGACAGCAAAUGUUUCGCACAAGUCCAGGUUGUUUCAGUGCGCAAUCUUCGCCUACCGGUAAUUCAAAUCCACACCGGUGAAACAGGAACCAUUGGUGUGGAACUGUUACUACCACCGCCGGUCAAACAGCACGAUUCAAUUACAACUUCAGAGCUAGUAGUAUCCCUACGCCGAGCAAGAAAAGGAAUGGUUCUCACAGACCGACAAGAUAAGAACAACAAGCAACAGCCGCUUCUUCAAGGCUAUCGAUCAUUCGUAGCUUCAUUCCCCGCCUCUGACUUUUCACGACCCGAUUCCCCACCCUUGAUCCUCGGCGGACAUGCAAUUGUCUAUAUCAACAGUAUACGUGCAGCGACUAAAGUGAUUGCCGUCGCUUUGGACGAAAGUCCGGAAGAAAACCAUGGUCACCAUCAUCAUCGUCAACGACGACGACGACAAAGAAGAGUUUCUUCUGGUUCAAGUGAGGUUUUUGUAUUUGAUAGUGAUGAAGGUCUUGGGGACAAUGACAACGACGAUGAUGACGAAGAUGACGAAGAUGGCAAUGAUCAGCAACAACAGCAGCAGCAGCAGCAGCAUGAGGAGAAUCAGUCUCGUUCCGAGGCGAGAGAUAUUCGUAUCACUUUCCGAUUCACUAGCAAUGUGGAGUGGAUGAGAUUAGGGGAUCAGGUUCUUGUGGUCCCGGCCUUGACGGCGCCGGGGCCAGUGGCGGGGAAUGCGGUGGCUAAUAUUUCUGCUUUGGCGGGUUUGGUUGGGAAUAUUAUCGAGUUGAGUUGAGUUGAAGGUUGC